AUGUUCGCCCGCGUCCGUCGCAUCGGUGGACGUUCCACGCGCGCGUUCGCCCGGCUCGCGCGCGAGGCGAAGCAGCGGCGGACGCACGAGCGGGACGCCAACGCGGGGGUGGUGGUGGAGAAGACGAGCCACGGAAAGACGCGAUUCCAACGCUUGCGAUGCGACGUGCGACGCGCGAGAGAGGCUGGGAAGUCGUGGGUCGACGCGCUGCUCGAUGGCGCGACGAUGCGCGCGCGACGACGACGGGCAGAGACGUUGACGCGGGCGCCGUUUCAGCCGGUGUGGUUGAGACAAGGGGCGAUGGACGCGGCGAGAGAGGCGGAACGCGCGGCGGCGAGGGUGGAUCCGAGACGGGCGCUGAGACACGCGGGGGCGUCGAGGAUGGGGGCGUUGAUGCACGCGAAGACGCGGGAGUGGUACGGACGACGCGUGCGCGCGGUGUAUCGAAGAAUCGUGGUGAAACAGCCGUUCGCCACGGCGAUGUUUUCGUCGGUGAGCAAAUGCGUGGCCUCGGACGUGUUCGUGCAGAUCGUGGUGGAAGAGCGGAGCGCGAAUGAUUUGGAUUGGAAUCGAGUGUUGUCGUUUUUCGUGCUCGGGGUGACGUACGUCGGCGCGUUUCAGUACCGCCUGUACAACUAUUGGCUGAAACCACUGAACGACGCGUGGCGGCCGAAAUACGGGUUAGCGCUGUCCACCGGGGUCGUCGUCAUGGUCGAUCAGGUGUUCGUGCAGCCGUUCUUGUACUUGCCAACUUUUUUGUGCAUUAAGAUUGUGUCCGAGGGGGCGACGCGACUCGUGGACGUCCCGCGCGAGGCGUUCGGACGAUGGAUUGAGACGGGACCAGAUACCAUGAGCGCGCUGUGGGCGGUGUGGGUUCCCGCGCAGGCGAUCAAUUUCGCGUUCGUCCCCAAGCAUUUGACGAUUCCGUGGAUGAAUCUCGUAGGGACGAUGUGGAAUGGCGUACUUUCCUACAUGUACGGAGCCGCCGCCGAGAAGAACAAAUUAAAAUUAGUUGUGGAAGAGGUCGAGUCGAAUGACGAUGAAUAA